GUAUGUUUCAGUUUGCGAUUGGGGCUGAUGACAAUGCCGAGUUUUGGCUGAGCCAAGGAAAAAACAUCUCAGAGCUUCAACUGAUGGCCAGCGUAGGCAAGACUGGAAACGAGUGGACGGCACCAGGUGAAUUUGGGAAAUUCAGGAACCAAAAGUCAAGGCUGGUGAAAUUGUCAUCUGCAAACAAAUAUUAUUUUGAAAUUCUGCACAAGCAGGACGACAAAGGAACAGAUCAUGUGGAAGUUGCAUGGAGACUGGAUAAUCCUGAAGCCAAGUUUACAAUUAUUGAUUCUGAAUUCCUCUCCCUUUAUGUUGACGAAACUCUUAUCAAAAUGGAUGAAGUUGGUCAUAUCCCACAGACACCAGCCACUCGGGCAAACCAGAUGCGGCCUAGUCAGGAGCCUAUGGAACACCCAGCUGACAUGCUGAAGGCUGACCCCCGGGACACCAUCUAUGCAUUGCCUCUCUUAAGGAAAUCCCACAUCCGCCGGAUCUUUCCAGAAUGUCAAUACAAACCAAGUUAUGUGGUCAAUGGAUUCAAACUACAGCGCUACCAGGGCCUUAGUUUUGUACGACUGUCCUUUGUGUAUCCCAAUGACUACACCCGGUUGUCACACAUGGAGUCACUUAACAAAUGCAUCUACCAGGAAAGUGACUUGUAUCUGAACAGCUUAUGAAGAAGACAAUUUUGAUGAACCUCAAUAUGCAGAUCCAGAAGCAGCAGAGAUAAAGACAGGAAAAAACCACGGGGCUGCUGAUCAGUACGGCGAUAAUUCCAUUCACAAACAUCGGAAUAUCUUGUCGGUUACCAAAAAGAGGCAGAAGAAAGAUGAGCAGAGAUAUAAAACCAAAGUAGAAAGUUAUCCUACACCAAGGGCUUCCCAUCUGAUAUUCAGCUCAAACUUUCCAAAUCUCCACGAUCAGGAAAGGAAUGUCCACAGAUCAACCACCAAAAGGAAAGUAGAAGGCCAGGAUUUACAGACCGACAAAAGACCCAAGGUAACUAAGGGACAUGGGAAUUCAACAAGAGAAGCCAGCCAACCUCAGUUAGGCUUUAAUGCAACCAGAAACCAAAAGGCAUUAUUGGAUGCCAUCCAAACCGGAAGGAACCCCUCCAAAAUUGAAGAAACUGGCAAGAGAACCCCUCGACAGCAGCCUGAGAUGCAUGAGGACCAAUGGCUUAAUCAAGUAGAUACCUACAUAGCCCAACAUAAAGCCGCAGAUGCUGCUAAUGCCAUUAUUGGCGGGGGGGAUUUAGAUGCCAAGCAGCAAGUCAGGUUGACGCAUUCUUCCCACGAGGCAACCCGAAAGGAAGAGCAUGUUACAAUAGUGGAAGAAGAAGAAAAUGAAGAUGAAGGAGAAGAAAACGAAGAUGACUUCUUUGGUGCUCCUCCUCUUCUCUAUGACCCCGUGGUGAAUUGGAAGCAGACUUUCAAGGCCAGCAAUGUAGACUUCCAAGCGUUACGGUCAGACUGGAUUGAUUUGAAGUGUAACACUUCCGGGAACCUGCUCUUAAAAGAGAAGGAAGCCAUCCAAGUGGUUCAGGUGUUCCUUAAAAAACUGAACCAGAAGACCAAAGGGCGGUUCCAGUUAGAGCGCAUCAUAAAUGUGGAGAAGCGUCAAGAUUACCUGCGAGGCAGCCGUUACUUUCUGGAGCUGGAACUGUUGGAGCAGGGAAAACGCCGAGUCCGUUUCUCAGAAUAUGUCUACACACGGGGCUGGCAUGGAGGCAGCACUGGAGAGGAGGAAGCCAAUAUGAAGGAGUUGGCAUGGGGCCACCGACGUCACCUGAUGACCAGCAGGGAUGAGCCUGUGCUCUGCUGGCCGUUAAGCUUCUUAUGGAACCACCGUGCAGUUGUCCACUUUAUAGUGCCCGUGAAAAAUCAGGCCCGCUGGGUGAAGCAGUUCAUUUUUGACAUGGAAGAGCUCUUUAGGAUCACUAAGGACCCUUAUUUCAAUGUCAUCAUCGUAGACUACAGCAGUGAUGACAUGGAUAUAGAAAAAGCUCUGAAACAGUCCACCUUGCGCAGCUACCAAUAUUUGCGAUUGUCUGGGAAUUUUGAGAGGUCUAAGGGUCUGCAGGCUGGCAUAGACAAAGUCCGGGAUUCUCACAGCAUCAUUUUUCUUUGUGACCUGCACAUCCAUUUCCCGGCAGGGUUCGUUGACUCUGUUCGGAAGCACUGCGUGGAAGGGAAAAUGGCCUUUGCACCCAUAGUUAUGAGACUGAAGUGUGGUGCGACUCCACAACAGCCAGAUGGCUACUGGGAAGUUAAUGGUUUUGGUCUCCUGGGCAUAUAUAAAUCUGAUUUGGUUCGUAUCGGCGGAAUGAACACGGAAGAGUUCCGUGACAAAUGGGGAGGAGAAGACUGGGAGCUCUUGGACAGGAUAUUUCAGGCAGGCCUGGAGGUAGAGCGUCUUUAUGUCAGGAAUUUCUUCCAUCACUACCAUUCCAGGAGGGGAAUGUGGAAUCGACGCGUGCUACAGAUCUGAUACAUUUUUUCCACUUAUGAAUCCCAUUUUGGGUUUUCUCUGGAGACAUCACUAAGAAGAUGCUCAUUCUCUUUUCCACAGUGAUCACAGCAUGAAUUUUGAGGCUUAGAUGAAAAAGACAAAAAGACCAAAUGGAGAGUUUUCAUUUAACCACUGGAAAAAAACUGACAAGAGAAUGGCCACAUGAACACACGACAAUUGUGUUUUCCACAGUUGUCUGUCCAAAUAGUUGAUUUUUGGAGUGUGAAAAACUUUCUCACCAGCAUAUCACAAUCUUCACUCACAGAAGAGUCUCUUUAUGGUGCCUUGUUCGUAUGGACUUUUUUUAAAAAAAACAAAACAAAACAAAAACAAAGAGUGCUUUCAAUUCAUUCAUAGCAAAACUUUUAAAAAGCAGUGGAUUAUUAAAUGGAUUAAUACAGACUUCCAUGAUGUCUAAAAUCCUGAAGGAUCUCCAAUAUUUGAAGGACAAAUUGUCUAUCACCAAAAAAAAUUUUUUUUUGUGAAUGACUGCAAACAGAAAGAUGCCGGAACUGAAACGAAAUGCCUUAAAUAGUGUGUUACAAGAGGAUUAUACACCCCCCCUCUUUUUAAAGACCCUCUUUUUUUGAGGUAAUUUAAGAACUCAAAAAACUUAAAAUCCAUGCCUUUGGACUAAAGUCAAUCAAUUGUUUGAUCUUUGCAUGGCACUGUUCAACCUAUGCAAGAUAUAUUAAGGAAUUUCUCUUCCUACUUUCUUUUUUUUGUAUUCUUAUAUUCUACUCAGGUAAUGGGAAAGAAACAUCUGCUUAAGAAAAAUGGAUAUAUUUUUCCUUCUCUGACCACCCACUGCUUCUUUGUCUCAAUCAACAGGAUAUUUGGUGGAGUGAUAGUCAAACUGCAUCUGAAAUCUUGCUGGGAUCUGAAUUAUAAUUGGCAGAAGACACUUGAGUCAAUUUGAUAAUCAUAAGAGUGAUACUGCCAAUAGGAAUAUGACUGGUCUUCCUCGGUUGACACUGGGGAAAUUGAUCGACACUUCAGUCCCAGACAUCAGUACUCAGAGCAAGAUCCAUAGACUUCAACGGCUUUAAUAUACUUUUUUUUAAUUUAUUGUGCAUUCUUACUAUUUUUAGUUGGUUUCACUUUUUUAUUUUAAUGUAUUAUAAAGCAUUCUAAGAAAAUUCUGUUUUUGAAGGGCAAGAUAUGAUUGUUUAUAAAAUUAUUUAAUAAGUUAUACUUUUGGACUGAGCUCUCGGAUAGAAAAGUGAUUUGCAUCCAUGUCAGAAAAGGAAGCCAGUCAGUCAAUUUCCUGAUGGCAAAUUUUAUAGGAAGCCCGAUGUGGAGCCCCUAUUUGGAAAGUUUAUGAUCCCCUUAGAUCCGUGUUUUUCAACCUUAGCAACUUUAAGGGUUCCACCACAAAUCCGCGAUAGACUAAAGCACGCUCAAUGAAAGCG